GGAUUUGGAAAUUGUUGGAAAGAGAGCUUGUUUGUCGGAUCGAGUUUUCUUCGUUUUGGGAAAUCAUGAUAUUGUUGCAAGCUUUAUUGUCAAUAAAUCUGUUUCUUUGCUAGAAGAUAACAAAUUUCAGCUUGCUGAUCAAAUUUUUGAUGAGAUAGAUGCUCCCUCUAGCAAAGUAGCUGUGUUGUUUCUAGAAACCUUACCUGGGCCGAACAAGACAAGAGUGGUUUUUGCAGUUGAUUCUGACGAUAAAGACACAGAAAUGUCCUCAGCAGUCAUCAGUUUGAUAAGAGCAUCAUUUACAUCCCUGGUUAUACACCAAUCAAUUCUCCAGCUUACUUCUUCAUCCUUGUUCGGAGAUCCCUACUCUUUUGAAGUGCUGAAAUUGAAGGGAGGAAUUACUAUAAUUCCACAGCAGAAUGCAUUUCCUCUGCAGAAAGGGCAAGCAAAAUUCAGCUUUAAAUUGAAUUUCCCCAUUUAUCAAAUACAAUCCAAUUUUAAGGAGCUGACUAGUCAGCUAAAGUCUGGGUUAUAUCUGACAUCGUUUGAGAACUUGUAUAUCAGCUUAUCGAAUUCUGAAGGUUCAACAGUUGAUGCUCCUACUCUUGUCCAGUCAACAGUUCUACUUGCAGUUGGGAUUACUCCAUGGAAAGAGAGGCUAAAGCAAUUGGCCCAAACCAUCAUGGGACCACAUAAUCUAGGCUUGAAUCACACUGAAUUUGGUAGGGUUAAGCAGGUCCGACUUUCAUCCAUCUUGCAACACUCUCUUCACGGCAAUGAUGGUGGUGGUUCUGCAUGGUCACCUGCUCCUGCUCCUCUGCAACAUUCUCCACACCAUCACCGGCAUCAUCAACACCAGCAUCAUCAUCAUCACCAUGAGACUCAUCUAUCUCCUGCAAUUUCUCCCGUGCCCUCUAUACCUGUACCUGCACCAACACCUACACCUAGACAUGCACAUACACAUACACCUGCACCUACACCCACACCCAGCAAGGGUGUGACUCCACCCAAGGUUGGUUCUCCUACUGCCGCAGAAAGUGCACCUUCACCAGGGAAAAAUUCUCAAUCUCAGCCUCCUAAUUGCCGGUUUGGUAUUAGAAAAAGGUCUACCCAUAAGUCUGGGAAGCACGCUCAUCCUCCAACACCUGCAGUUGCCCCUAUUAUAAUAAAUCCACAUCAUCCUGUUCCUGCCGCAUCACCAAAAAUGCAUAUUGAACCCCCAACUCAUGUCUCUCAUUCAGUACCUGCCUUGAGUCCUUUGCCGAAUGUAGCUUUUGCUCAUGCGGAGCCCCCUCCUAAGAAUGAACUUGCCCCACAACAUUAUCACACUCAUAUUCCUGGGAUAUCAUCAUCUUCUGCAGGUUGUCUUGGAACUGUUAAAUGGUCAUUUUUAAUGCUUAUAGUACUUGUGUUUAGUGUAUAA